UCCUGGGAGACUGACAUUCCCCCCUCCCCCCCAAAGGCAGAGACAACAAAAGAAAUUGUGUUUAGAGCAAAACAAGAGUUCUUAAACUACAAAGAUGUUUGCCAGAAUGUCUGAUCUCCAUGUUCUGCUGUUAAUGGUUCUGGCGGGAAAGACAGCCUUCGGGUUCUCCCUGCUGUCUUUUCUCACAGACCCGGACCCAGAUUGGACUCCUGACCAGUAUGAGUACAGCCAAGAGGAUUAUAACCAGCAAGAGAAUGCCAGCACUAUCCCUGACAAUUCUGACAACCCUGACUGGUACUACGAAGAGGAUGACCCAUGCCUGUCCAACCCCUGCACACGUGGUGGGGACUGCCUCAUCCAUGGGACCACCUUCACAUGCCGCUGUCGGGACCCUUUCUCUGGAAACAGGUGUCAGAAUGUGCAAAACAAGUGCAAAAACAACCCAUGUGGCCGGGGAGACUGUCUCAUUACUCAGAGUCCUCCUUACCACCGCUGUGCCUGCAAACACCCUUACAGGGGUUCAGACUGCUCCAGAGUGGUUCCCGUGUGCAGGCCAAAUCCCUGCCAAAAUGGUGGCACCUGCUCCCGGCAGAGGCGGAGGUCCAAGUUCACCUGUGCCUGUCCUGAACAGUUCAAGGGGAAACUCUGUGAAAUAGGUCCUGAUGACUGCUAUGUUGGUGACGGCUACUCUUACCGAGGGAAAGUGAGUAAGACAGUCAACCAGCACUCCUGCCUUUACUGGAACUCCCACCUUCUCCUGCAGGAGAAUUACAACAUGUUUAUGGAGGAUGCUGAGGCCCAUGGGAUUGGGGAACACAACUUCUGCAGGGAGAAAUGGAACAUCAAAAGAGAAAAUGAAAGGUUUGGUCCUCCUGAGAACCUAGAGGGAGGGUGGAAGUGUGGUUUAUUUCUCUUGUGUUUCACAGACGUUGCCAACCCAGAGGGAAGACCCGCGGAGCCCUUGACCAAGUUUCCUGAGUUUGGGUCCUGUGGGAGAACUGAGAUAGCAGAGAGGAAGGUCAAGAGGAUCUUUGGAGGCUUUAAGAGCACGGCGGGCAAGCACCCGUGGCAGGCGUCCCUGCAGACCUCGCUACGACUGACCGUCUCCAUGCCCCAGGGCCACUACUGUGGGGGGGCACUGAUCCACCCGUGCUGGGUGCUGACUGCCGCCCACUGCACUGAGAUAAAAACCAAAUAUCUAAAAGUGGUGCUUGGAGACCAGGACCUGAAGAAGACGGAAUUCCAUGAGCAGAGUUUUGGGGUACAGAAGAUAUUCAAAUACAGCCACUAUAUUGAAAUAGAUGACAUUCCCUACAAUGAUAUUGCCUUGCUCAAGCUAAAGCCAGUGGAUGGUCAUUGUGCCCUGGAAUCCAAAUAUGUGAAAACUGUCUGUUUGCCCGAUGGUCCCUUUCCCUCUGGGACUGAGUGCCACAUCUCUGGCUGGGGUGUCACAGAAACAGGAGAAGGGUCCCGCCAGCUCCUGGAUGCCAAGGUCAAGCUGAUCAGCAACACGAUGUGCAACUCCCGCCACCUCUAUGACCACUCGAUCGACGACAACAUGAUUUGUGCAGGAAACCUCCAGAAGCCUGGACAAGAUUCCUGCCAGGGCGACUCUGGAGGCCCUCUGACCUGUGAGAAGGACGGCACCUCCUACAUCUACGGGAUCGUGAGCUGGGGCCUGGAGUGUGGCAAGAAGCCAGGGGUCUACACCCAAGUGACCAAAUUCCUAACGUGGAUCAAAGCCACCAUGGAGAAGGAGGCUAGCUUCUGAGGUAUCUUCUGAGGCUCACAGCCCGUCCUGUGAACACCCAGACGAGGCGAGGCCCCGUGGGCAGCAAUGGAUGCCCCCUGGAGCCUCUGAGUAUCCAAGCUCUAAGCAGAGACCACUGCUGCCCAGCCCAGGGCACCCGGGACCAGCAUGGCCCCCACUUCCUCAGGCUCCCUCCUGGGAAACCCAGAAAUGACAGAAUCAACCUGAAGUGCAAGACGUUUGCUUCCCUUCCAACAACCGUAGCUUCUAGAAAAUCAGUGUUCACAGCCUGCCUUCACCGGGGACAUUGGCAAGUGUGAGCUUCCAGACGGCUCAGCGUCGGUGGGGGUCACCUUUACGUCUUUAUUCCUCAGACACUCAAGGUGCACAAGAGGGCCAGCCGCCCACUGCUAGGUGUUAGACGAGGACCAAAACACAACUUUCUCCACCCUUUUUCAGGGAGUUGUUAUUUUAAUAAAGGAGGACUAGGGCAGGGGCGCCAUUUUCACAGUUGGCUCCAACUGAAGCCAUGUCUCCGGCGUGCAGAUUUCCUCUCCAGCUUCUCUCCCAAGAGCCAAGGGUGGAUGCCGCCCACUCAGAACGGGGGGGCCUUCCUCCUUUUGACGUGCAGAAUCUCGGUGGCAUCUGGGUUUACAACCCCCCUCUGAUCAUCUCCGGUCUCCACAGCCUCCGGCACCCCCUGCAGAAACCAAACACAUCUCCCUGAGUGAAGCGGAAGCUCCCACAAGACAAGCUGUCUAAAAAGCUCGCCUUCUCCUUCCUUUGCCCCUCCUCCAUCCUCCCCAAGAAAAAGGAACCUCAAGGCAAGACAGAGAAAGAAGCAGAGCCCAUCUCUCAUUUAGACGGGGCACCUUUCUUCUGAACAAAGUAGGGUUCAAAACCCAGACUGUGGUAGAUAGCGCGGCUCUGACCCCUUCCGCGCCUGUAACGAGCAAGCAGUCGGCACAGCCUGGCCCGCGUGGCCAGGAUUGAUGUAGCCCCGGCACGCUCGCCUCCAAAGAGCUAAUGGCUGUGACUUCAGAGAAAACCCCGCAGGAAGUUUAACCCAGGUGUCAUCCGCCUGGUCAUCUCAGACCCAUGAAAUUAGGCGCCUUGCCUGAGCUGCAUUGCACGCGUCUUUAGAGCCAGCUAACCUUUGGCCAAAAAUAAAGUUUGAAAAGAAACAAUUGA